CUUCGGGUGGCCUUUGCGGCGGGCGUGUGAUGCUGCGAUCUCUCAGGGCGGGUCGGAGGAUUCUCCAGUUUUGUGGAGUUGCAUCACAUACGGUGAGGGACGGAUGAUGGUGCUAGCUGGUGAGGAGUACAACGUCGUUACCUGCCAUCUUCACACGCUGGUGCAUGAGUGAUUUAGAGGAUGGGCCAGAAUAUGUGUUGCCCCAAGAAGGGGCCGCCACCCCCAAAUCACCCUGGGCCGUUUGACCACAUAGAUCCAGGCGAAAGAAUUGAGGUGACGCAAUUUUCACCUGUCAAUGGCAUUUCACGGGAAAAUGCCUAUUCCAGAACCCAGGUUGCCGUUACAACAAGCCAUAUUGAUGAAGGUAAAGCGGAUGGCAACGCCUCCAUGACACCACCACACGGUGGUGGAGGAAACCCUCGCUAUUAUCCAGACCCGUCCAGAGGCGGCAGACCUGCUUAUAACUCUCAACAACAUGGAGUCGAUGUUAUCCGGUCAAAUUCAGGACAAGGAGCAGAGGAAAUGAAUAAAACCGUAAGUAUUAGUACAAGUGUGAUGGCAUCAAUGCAUUUAAAGGCCAGCUCUGACCUGGCCCUAUACAAGUCACCUACCACAAAUGGCCUGAAAAGAGGAGUGAUGGUAAAAGAGCAUAAUGGUAUUACCUUACAUUUCUUCAAUGAUGUUUAA